AUGGCUACUACCGCAUCACAGGAUCCUCCCUCUCAAGACUCUUCCACUAUCCAACAGUCGCAUGAAAUUAACGAACAGCAGGCAAAAGGGAGUCAGUACCGAAGCCGCAUACCCAUAAGAACAUAUCAUUGCAGAUUUUGCAACCAUCUUCUCAUCGCAUCUACACAGGAUGUGUCUACCCUUCCGCGAAGGCGAGCUCCAGCUCUGGACAAUGCAAUAAUACUUCCACUACCAAAGAAGUCAGCAGACGUGGACGAGGAAGAGGAAGACGAGGAAGAAAACAUCGAAGAGGAAGAGAGUGAUAAAAGGGAAUCGGGAGAGACGCAGAUAUCGCAACGGUUAGAGUCAGCAACAUUGAAAUCAGGCACGAAGAAGGAGAAAUCCUCCACCUCAGCCUCGCAGCAUUAUACAAUUCUACUUUCUACGACUACACCGGAUAGAAAACCGAUCAUUCUACGGAGAGCAGAUGGGUUUGAGAAACGGCUCCUCGUUCGAUGCGGGCGAUGUAAGGUUGUGCUUGGAUAUGUUUUGGAUGAGGUCCAUUUUAAAAAGGGAGAUGGUACCAAAAGCGGUGCUGGGGCGGGUUUAGAAGGGGAACAGGGCGGUACCUCAGGUACUGGAGAACCUGAGGUUAUCUAUAUUCUUCCAGGCUCGCUGGUAGAGACAGUCGACCUGGACAAGGAAAUUCAGAUUGAAAAAGAAUCCUGGGCUGGAUGGGAGUCCCUUGCGGAUAAGAUGAAGAAAUGA